AAAGUGCGGGCGCGGGGCCGCCGCCGGCGCGCCCGGAGCGGCGCCGCACCCGGGGCUGCACACGCGCACGUAGGUCGGAACCGGGCGCCCUGGCUGCCCGAGCAGGAGCCGAGCCGACCCAGGUGGUGGAGGCGGAGGACCCGGAAUUUUUCAAAUAAAAACUAAUUGCAGAGUUUCCGGUUGUCCAGCAUUCAUAGGAAUGAAGACCAACACAGAGAUGGUGUGUCUAAGAAAUUUCAAAAGGUGUAGGCCUCCUGAUUGAAACAUAAUCUACUUACUGGAAUCAUUUUUUUCAUUAUAUUUCUAUACUCCAAUAAGGGAAAGUCAUGAUUACGCUAACAGAGCUAAAAUGUUUAGCAGACGCCCAGUCAUCUUAUCACAUCCUCAAGCCGUGGUGGGACGUCUUCUGGUAUUAUAUCACCCUGAUCAUGCUGCUGGUGGCCGUGCUGGCUGGAGCACUCCAGCUGACGCAGAGCAGGGUUCUGUGCUGUCUUCCAUGUAAGGUGGAAUUCGACAAUCACUGCGCCGUGCCUUGGGACAUCCUGAAAGCCAGCGUGAACAUGUCCUCUGAUCCUGGGACACCGCUUCCUCUGCCGGUCAGAAUCCAGAAUGACCUCCACCGCCAGCAGUACUCCUACAUUGAUGCUGUCUGUUACGAGAAACAGCUCCAUUGGUUUGCGAAGUUUUUCCCCUACCUGGUGCUCUUGCACACGCUCAUCUUUGCAGCCUGCAGCAACUUUUGGCUUCACUACCCCAGUACCAGUUCCAGGCUGGAGCAUUUUGUGGCCAUCCUACACAAGUGCUUCGAUUCUCCAUGGACCACCCGCGCCCUGUCAGAAACGGUGGCCGAGCAGUCCGUGAGGCCCCUGACACUCUCCAAGUCCAAGGUUUUACUUUCCUCCUCAGGGUGUUCAGCCGAUGUUGAUUCCAGGAAGCAGUCCUUACCCUACCCACAGCCUGGCUUGGAGUCAGCUGGCAUAGAAAGCCCAACUUCCAGUGUCCUGGACAAGAAGGAGGGCGAACAGGCCAAAGCCAUCUUUGAAAAAGUGAAAAGGUUCCGCAUGCACGUGGAGCAGAAGGACAUCAUUUAUAGAGUGUAUCUGAAACAGAUUAUAGUCAAAGUCAUUUUGUUUGUCCUCAUCAUAACUUAUGUUCCGUAUUUUUUAACCUACAUCACUCUUGAAAUUGACUGUUCAGUUGAUGUGCAGGCUUUUACAGGAUAUAAACGCUACCAGUGUGUCUACUCCUUGGCAGAAAUCUUUAAGGUCCUGGCUUCGUUUUAUGUCAUUUUGGUUAUACUUUAUGGUCUCACCUCCUCCUACAGCUUGUGGUGGAUGCUCAGGAGUUCCCUGAAGCAAUAUUCCUUUGAGGCGUUGAGAGAAAAAAGCAACUACAGUGAUAUUCCUGACGUCAAGAAUGACUUCGCCUUCAUCCUCCAUCUGGCUGAUCAGUAUGAUCCUCUUUAUUCCAAACGCUUCUCCAUAUUCCUGUCAGAGGUCAGUGAGAACAAACUGAAACAGAUCAACCUCAAUAACGAAUGGACGGUUGAGAAACUGAAAAGUAAGCUUGUGAAAAAUUCCCAGGACAAGAUAGAACUGCAUCUUUUUAUGCUAAACGGUCUUCCAGACAACGUCUUUGAGCUAACUGAAAUCGAAGUGCUAAGCCUGGAGCUUAUCCCUGAGGUCAAGCUGCCCCCAACAGUCUCCCAGCUGGUCAACCUCAAGGAGCUUCAUGUGUACCAUUCAUCUCUGGUGGUAGACCAUCCUGCACUAGCCUUUCUAGAGGAGAAUUUAAAAAUCCUCUGCCUAAAAUUUACUGAAAUGGGGAAAAUUCCACGCUGGGUAUUUCACCUGAAGAAUCUCAAGGAACUUUAUCUGUCGGGCUGUGUUCUACCUGAGCAGUUGAGUACCCUGCAGUUGGAGGGCUUUCAAAACUUAAAAAACCUGAGGACCCUUUACUUGAAGAGCAGCCUCUCCCGGAUCCCACAAGUCAUUACAGACCUCCUGCCUUCCCUGCAGAAGUUGUCCCUCGAUAAUGAGGGAAGCAAACUGGUUGUGUUGAACAAUUUGAAAAAGAUGGUCAAUCUAAAAAGCCUAGAGCUGAUCAGCUGCGACCUGGAACGCAUUCCACACUCCAUUUUCAGCCUGAACAAUUUGCAUGAGUUAGACCUAAAAGAAAAUAAUCUUAAAACUGUGGAAGAGAUCAUUAGCUUUCAGCAUCUUCAGAAUCUUUCCUGCUUAAAGUUGUGGCACAAUAACAUUGCUUAUAUUCCUGCCCAAAUUGGGGCAUUAUCUAAUCUAGAGCAGCUCUCUUUGGACCAUAAUAAUAUUGAGAAUCUGCCCCUGCAGCUUUUCCUAUGCACCAAACUACAUUAUUUGGAUCUAAGCUAUAACCACCUGACCUUCAUUCCAGAAGAAAUCCAGUAUCUGAGUAAUUUGCAGUACUUUGCUGUGACCAACAACAAUAUUGAGAUGCUACCAGAUGGGCUGUUUCAGUGCAAAAAGCUGCAGUGUUUACUUUUGGGGAAAAAUAGCCUGAUGAGUUUGUCCCCUCACGUGGGUGAGCUGUCGAACCUUACUCAUCUGGAGCUCAUUGGUAAUUACCUGGAAACACUUCCUCCUGAGCUGGAAGGAUGUCAGUCCUUAAAACGGAGCUGUCUCAUUGUUGAGGAAAAUUUGCUCAGUACUCUCCCUGUGCCUGUUACAGAACGUUUGCAGACGUGCUUAGAUAAGUGUUGACCUGAAGAGAAAAUAAUUUUAAAAGUAUGCCCCAGGGCUUUAAAUAAGAACUAAAAUUUCCUAAGUUAUAAAGAUGAAGAAUGGGUAAUAAUUUUGACUAACUAUAACCAAAUGUCUUAUUAAAUAAAGCAACUCAGUGUUUAGCCCUGAGUUAAACAGGUAAAAAAGUGUUGACACUGAACUAAAGUUUUGUGAAUAAUUGGUCUUUAACUUAUUGAGUUGUAAGAAGUACACUUUGAGGGUGGAAUGGGGGACAUGAAAUUAUUGAUUCUCUACCUUGUAGUUUUUCCCUUGGAGAUUAGAUGUCCUUUCUUCUCUCUCCCCCAGUCCCCGUUACUUAUUUGCACACUUGUUUUAACUAACUUCCUGUUUUGAUAUUUAGCGCCCAGACCAUCAACUCAUCCAUGUAAAUUUCCUUGAUGUAUAUUCAGCACUGUCUUUCAUUUUAUGUUCUUAAAUAUUUUUAGGCAGGGUGCAUUGUGCUUGGCAGAAUUCCUUCUUGGCUUAAUUUUUACUUCCUGUCCCAGCUUGCUUGAGUCUUCCUUCAUCUGGUUUUCUCUUAACAACAGUGAUGAACCCUGAGAAAGUGCCUGCCUUUGGCCUUUGCGUAGAACAGGAGCAGGGUACUUAGGACAUGUCACCCUCAGGGCAUCCUGAAAAUUAAUGUAUUCUCUACAAUUUCUUCUUCCGUGUCUUUUUUAUUUGCUAAUAAUUUUUAUAUUAAAUGUAAAACAUUUAAAUAUUUUCUAUUGUAUAAUCUUGGAUUCAAAAUCUGUGAGAAUAAUUUUAUAAAGUACAGAGAACACAUGCAUUUCUUUAAGAAAUUACUUAAUAUACUCGGUUUGGGCUGCUUAUGAUUUUCACGUUUGUGUGCAUUCUGCUCCAAAAUGUUUUUGUACUCUGCAACUAAUUACUUUUGGAUAACAAAAGGAUUGUGUUUCAUGCCCUAAAAUAUUUGGGGGGUUUCCUUAUAAGAGGAUGGCUGCAUUGUCUACCUCUCUCUUCCCUGAUUGCUGUGCUAUUGUACGGGUACAAUUCUUAAUUACUACAAAAACUGAUGGAAGAGAGAGGGAUAGAUUUGGAUCUUUAAAAUUGAUUGUAAAACACUUCGUAGAAAUUAAGAGUUAAAGCAAAAUACUUUUCUUCUCCAUCUGCAUGAUCUCUAGAUAUGAUUAUAAUGUAAAACAGCCUCUUUUCAUUGUUUAGGACAAGUUCUCAAAGCUCACAAAGAAAUAGAUCCAUUUAACUGAAAUUCAUCUCAUGCCUUUGUCUAACUUUUCUGGAAUAUGUUUUGCUCUUUUUUAUAAAGAGCUUUGUGUUUGGCCUUUUAUUAUCAUGCAUAUUGUGAAAUGAAUAAAAUCAACUGACUCAU